AUGCUUUCUAGCCUCGGGAAUCCGCGCCAGGCGGCCGCGCAGGUGCUCAACUUUGCCCUGAUUCUAUCGUCAGCGUUUAUGAUGUGGAAAGGUCUUUCUGUUAUCAGCGACUCACCGUCACCCAUCGUCGUCGUCCUCUCAGGUAGCAUGGAGCCGGCUUUCCAGCGUGGCGAUUUGCUGCUCCUCUGGAACCGCAACCUACUCACGGAGACGGCCGUGGGCGAGGUCGUCGUCUACAACGUCAAGGGCAAAGAUAUUCCCAUUGUGCACCGAGUCGUGCGCAAGUUUGGGACUGGGGAUAAGGCGCAGCUUCUCACCAAAGGCGACAACAAUGCGGGCGACGAUACCGAAUUAUACGCCCGCGGGCAAGACUACCUCGAGCGUCAAGAUAUCAUUGGCAGCGUUGUCGGCUACGUCCCGUUUGUCGGUUAUGUGACUAUUAUGCUGUCGGAACACCCAUGGAUGAAGACGGCUAUGCUGGGCAUCAUGGGUCUCUUGGUCGUUUUACAAAGAGAAUAA